AUGGCCGAAUCGGAAAGCGGCGCAAGACCCACCGCCGGUCCGCCGGUCCGUCACCCAUUGAAAACGGAAUGGCUCGCGCCUAAGGUCCCCAUUCAUCCGAAAACCAUCCACGGAAGACAGACAGCAAGUCCUCCACUCCUCCACGUACGCCGGUGGGAACAGUCGAGCAGCACGCAAAGAGGCACAGGGCACAUCGCAUCGGCAACGCGCUCAGCUGAAAAACGGGAGCAUCGCAGUCGCCGGAGUCAGCGCUUUGAUCAGCCGGAGGAUAAUUUUAGGGCGGCACGCUCGCACACACAAACACACACGAUCGGUCACCCAGAAGAGAAAAUGAGUCGGUCAGCCGUUCUUCUUUUGCCGCUCUUCAUGCUCUUCGUCUUCCUCCUGUCCCUCGACGGAUGCGACGCCAAACGGGGUUGUGCCAACUUCGGUCAUUCCUGUUACGGGGGGAUGGGGAAGAGAGCCUCUACCGGCGACCUGUACGACACAAACGAGGAGGUGUUGCAGAAUGGUUUCCAGGACGCCGAGGAGAAUCCCGCCUUCGUAUUCACCGGUCCGAGGAGUUCUUACCAACCGAAACCCAAACUUACUCCGCAACAAUACGACAACAUAUCCAGGAUCAUCAAAUCAUGGAUUCAAUCCAUCAGCAAGUCUCAAGAGCGGCGUGCUGAUAACAUUUAAAAGAAUCAAUAUUUCCAUGUCAUGUAUCUCCAGAACUGAAUUUUUUCCCUUCUAAACUAUAUUUCUGUUGAAAUGCAGCAAUUAAAAGUAAUAAUUAUAUAAGAAUUUAAGUAAUAAAUGUGAAAAAAUAAAAUAUAUAUAGGCUUACUGUAGAAUAAUGUCAAAUGUUAAAUAGAAACAUAUAUUAUCCUAUAUUUUCAUUGUGAUUUUAUUAUUAAGAGUUAUAAAAAAUAAAAUAAUUUUGGCUGGACAUUAUA